AUCAGCUGUGUGUUCCCUUGGAGGAUGCUGUCAGUCUUCAGCCCUGAGGAGAUGCAGCAGAAACUGUGGAGCGACCUGCAGUGGGAUGAGAUCAAGCUGGAGAAGAUCGUGAGGCCUGGGCCCAUGUGGCCCGAGGACAAGGAGCAGAUCAACUGGCUAAGGAAGGAGAUGCUGGCCAUGGACAUGCCGCAGCGUCGCGCCUUCAUCAAGUUCGUCACAGCUUCCGUCUGCAUGCCGCCUGAGGAGAACCCGAUCAUCGUUCACCCCCAAGUCACCUCCCGCAAGGACAUGGAAGACUGGGACAGGAAACUUCCAACCUGCCGCACUUGCGCCAACUACUUGUACCUCCCGCCCUACAGCAGCCACUUGAUCCUGCAGGAGAGGCUGGGCAAGGCCAUCUGGGAGGAGCACAUCGCAUUCGAUUAGCUGUGCUGUGUGCUGUCGCUGUACUUUAGUGAAGAAUGUCAACCAGC